CACACACAGAGCGUCGGCCGCUCUGACAGAAUGGAGAGGAAGAUGGAGGAAAACACCAUAAGAGACAACGAGACUGGCAGUGAAACCGGAGGCGAGGAUGCCUUAGUGGGGAAUGUGAACAAACUGAUGGUGGGCCCACCAGGAUACUCUGGAGCUCCGCGAAAAGGACAUCUGGUAUUUGAUGCUUGCUUUGAGAGUGGUAACCUCGGCCGUGUUGACUACAUCAGUGAGUUUGAGUUUGACCUCUUCAUACGUCCCGACACCUGCAACCCUCGCUUCAGAGUCUGGUUCAACUUCAGCGUGGAGAACGUCUGUGAGACACAGAGAGUCAUAUUCAACGUGGUCAACUUCUCCAAGACCAAGAGCCUGUACAGAGAUGGCAUGUCUCCUGUCGUCAAGUCUACAAGCAGGCCGAAAUGGCAGAGGCUUCCAGCCAAAAAUGUGUACUACUACCGUUGCCCUGACCACCGCCGCAACUAUGUCAUGUCCUUCGCCUUCUGUUUUGACCGGGAGGACGACGUCUACCAGUUUGCCUACUGCUACCCGUACACCUACUCCAGACUGCAGCACUACCUGUCAAGCCUGGAGCGCAGGAACCUGCCCUACCUACAGAGGGAGCAGCUGGGCCUAAGCGUACAACAACGGCGUCUGGACCUGUUAACCAUCACCAACUUUGACCUUCCAAGUCCAGAGAGGGGGAAGAAGCUGGUCUUUCUUACAUCUCGAGUUCAUCCCGGGGAGUCUCCUGCCUCCUUUAUCUGUCAAGGUGUGAUUGACUUCCUUGUGAGCCAGCAUCCUGUGGCUCAGAUCCUAAGAGAUCAUGUGAUCUUCAAGGUUGUCCCCAUGCUUAAUCCUGAUGGAGUCUACCUGGGCAACUACAGGUGUUCUCUGAUGGGCUUCGACCUGAAUCGCCACUGGCAGGAUCCCUCUCCAUGGGCCCACCCAACGCUGCACGCUGUCAAACAACUCAUAGUGCAGAUGAGCCAAGACCCGAGAGUCAGUUUGGAGUUCUACAUUGAUGUUCAUGCCCACUCCACCAUGCUGAAUGGCUUCAUGUACGGCAAUGUGUUCGAGGAUGAGGAGCGCGUCCAGAGACAGGCUGUCUUCCCGAGGCUGCUGUGCCAAAAUGCACCAGACUUCUCUUUUUCUAACACCUCCUUUAACCGGGACGUUGUGAAGGCCGGUACGGGAAGACGGUUCCUUGGUGGUCUCCUUGACGACACGUCCUACUGCUACACUCUGGAGGUGUCCUUCUACAGUUACAUGACAGCGGGCAGCACGGCCCCUGUACCCUACACUGAGGAGACAUACAUGAAACUGGGAAGGAAUGUGGCUCGCACCUUCCUAGAUUACUACAAACUCAACAACCUCAUCAGGGACAACAGGCCAACUCACAUCCAAAGUUCUGAGGUGAAGUCCCAAACAGAUGACAGUAACGGAAAGGACGAUGGCGUUGGAAGAGACGCGGCAGACAGAGAGAUGGAGAAGUGCCAGGGUGUCAGGCACUAGACAGACGGACAGAUGGAUCCAGACUGAGCAUGUAUAAAACACGGAGCACUGUAGCAGGAGGAUCCUUCACACUUCAUUGCCUUUAAAGCUCCACAUCUCUGCAGCUAUAAAGACUUAUUUUCACAGAUUUGUAACAGUGGGACGACUGGGACUUGAAGGAUUAACUUCGGAACAAGUUUUCUCCUGGGUUAUUUGACUAUAAGCUAUGAAAUGUGUGUGACUGUAAAAUUUGGACUAUUGAAUUCCAAGGAAAGACAAUUUGCAUCUGAGGCCUUCAUUCAGCAGCUCUUUAUUAUUUAAGCAGUUGUAAAUAAUAGCAUGCUUCCCCUACAUUAACUUAUUUAUGACUGCAUUGCGUGUUUUUAUGGUGAUGAUUGAUCAUUAAACACAUAAUUUCGACUCAUAACUGCUUCUCUCUUUUAGCAAUAUGAGGCUGAGGAACAUAUGACAGCUUUG